AUGCAGAUCACACCUUCCACCAUUGCCCUCGGCCUUCUGGCCAGUUCCCUCUCCGAGGUCCUCGGGGAGUGCGUCUGCAGCCACAACAACGACGCGGGCCGCUGGAAAGACGUCAACUCCCCUGCUGGUGCCGCAGCCAUCCUGGCUUCCAAGAACGGCGGACAGUAUGACGCGAAGACUCAGGGUCAUAUGACCAUCCGCUUCACCAACAUCAAUGACAAUGUCAAAGGCUGCAUCUCGGCGACAGCUGCAAACGAGCAGAGCUAUCACCGCGACUGGUUCCUCUGGACUGUUAUACACUGUGAAGAUAGUGUCGGCGCUGCGGAUCUGGGCAUAUGGGCUUAG